CGAGAAGGGUGGUUAGCUUCAACACACAAAGCGAGUGUCUUGGUGAAGUAUAAAGACCAAUUCACCCUCUAUUGUCUACAUGAACAGCAGGGCUGUUGCCUCAACAAGGCAAUUGUUCUCAGGCAUAUCCUGUUAACUCAAAUGGCAACGACGACAACGACGGUAACAGCUAGGCCCAUCUAACAUCCCAACCUAUCCUUUAAUUUCCCCUACACUUUCUGAAUCGUUUUAAUCAUUUUAAUCAUUUCACAUUCGCCAACAGCACAGCACGAUGAGGGAAGCAUGGAGAUUUGCAGGCCAGUCUACAUCAGCUAGAGGAAGAGGAAUAUCCCAUAUGCUAGCUCUGCCCACCAGUUAUCGCAGGCCGAUUUUAUUAAAAGUCCACCCCUACCAGCUUGCCGAGGACAACAACUACGCGGUCGCCAAGCGUCUCGGCUGCUGGUGGUCCAUCGACAUCGUGGCCAAUUACUUCAUAUCGACCCCCAAGCCCGUGACCAUCGCCAUCAAGACGCACGGUGCCUACAGAGCCGGUCUCAGCAUCGCCGUCGACGCCAUCCGCUACUGCAGAGACGCCCGGUGGCUCCACGGCCAGGAUUGGGACGUCAUCGCCACCAUUAAGCCGGUGAUCUUCGUUGCGGUUGAGCCUCGCCCGCCCAGCAAGAAACAAGCGCUGCGGGCCUUCGAAUCCCUGCUGGGAAGCUUCUUCGACGAGAUCCUGCCUCUCAUCCCGCCCAACUGGCGGUCGUGGGCUCCGGUGUACCGCGGCCGCACCGUCGACGAGAAGCUCCGGAUCCUGGAGUCGUUCCCGUUUCUGUGGGCGCCAGCCGACUUGCCCCGGGUCCCUGCGUACUACCUCGUAAUCGCUGGCCUCGACAGUGUUAGCAGCCCUGAAACCAGCGCCUACGUAACCCGAUUCUUGAGGGUUGUGGAGAAGCUCUUCGUCAAAAGCGAAAGGGGAAAGGUCCUCCUCACCACAGACGGUCCUCUGUCUCUAGCAGGCUUGGAUAGAUUGGACCGUGCUCUGAAUGUCACGGGGAACUAAUUCGUUAAAUGUACUCACGCACGGGGGGUUAGGCGUGUGGAGAGCGAUGUGAACUACUAAGCUUUGAUAAAUUGUUCGUUCACUCGGAGGCUUCAUGGGCAUUUGCUAGAUAAUUUUUGGCCAUUAUAUUGAAGUCCAUAAGCCCUAUUGACUCCUAUAUGUGCCUGUAUGUGUUGUAUAUAUGUAUGUAUCUAGUCUAGUCACCUAAAUUAUGCCCUCAAUUAAGAUAUAUUGUUUUUCGGAGUAUCA